AUGAAACCAGCCAAUGCUACACGAAUGUCAGAAUUCCUUCUUCUAGGAUUUUCAGAGGAACCAGAACUGCAGCCCCUCAUAUUUGGGCUUUUCCUAUCCAUGUACCUGAUCACUGUGUUUGGAAACCUGCUCAUCAUCCUGGCCAUCAGCUCUGAAUCCCAUCUCCACACCCCCAUGUACUUCUUCCUUGCCAACCUAUCCUUGGUGGACAUCUGUUUCACCUCCACCACUGUCCCGAAGAUGCUGUGGAACAUCCAGAGUCAGAGCAAAGUCAUCACCUAUGCAAGCUGCAUCACACAGAUGUAUUUUUUCAUAAUCUUUUCAGGUUUGGACAUCUAUCUCCUGGCUGUGAUGGCUUAUGACAGGUUUGUGGCCAUUUGUCAACCUCUACACUACAUGGCCAUCAUGAACACCAGGCUCUGUGGACUGCUGGUUCUGGUAUCCUGGACCACGAGUGUCUUGCAUUCCUUGUUACAAACCUCAAUGGUGUUGCGGCUGUCCUUCUGUACAGAGGUGGAAAUCCCCCACUUUUUCUGUGAACUCAAUCAAAUGGUCCAACUUGCCUGUUCUGACACCUUUCUUAAUAAUGUGGUAAUGUAUUUUGCAGCUAUGUUGCUGGCUGGUGGUCCCCUCACUGGGAUCCUUUACUCGUAUUCUAAGAUUGUUUCCUCCAUUUGUAGAAUCUCAUCAGCUCAGGGCAAGUAUAAAGCUUUUUCCACCUGUGCAUCUCAUCUCUCAGUUGUCUCCUUAUUUUUUUGUACUAGCCUAGGAGUGUACCUUAGCUCUGCUGCUACCCAGAGCUCCCACUCAAGUGCAGUGGCCUCAGUGAUGUACACAGUGUUCACACCCAUGCUGAACCCGUUCAUCUAUAGCUUGAGGAACAAUGACAUAAAGAUGGCUCUGAAAAGAAUCACUGGGGCUCCAGUGAUACUGGGGCUGAAGAUGUGCCCAAGAUUGCAGGGAUCAUAG